AGUUAUAUCUGCAUUAUACCAGCAGCUGAUUAUCCUCUAAUAACAGCACAAUGAAGGCUGAUGCUAAUCACAUGAAGACUCUCUAUGAUGCCAAUGGCUUUCUGACAGCAAUAGACGUGUUAGAUACAAAUGAACUGCGCCAAGCCAACAGCGACUAUGGGAGACUGGAGGAAAAGUUUGGCAAGGAGUACACUCAGUACAAUCUGCACAACAUCCACAUGCAGUACGAGUGGGCGAUGAACCUGGCCGUCCAUCCCAAUCUUCUGAGAGCAAUCACCGCUGUGCUGGGCCCCAAUGUCAUUCUCCUGGACUCACGCUUUAUCUGCAAAUAUCCGUCCACUGAUGUCCCACACAAAGACAACACAUCCCCCUACGUUGCCUGGCAUCAGGACAUCAAAUACUGGGGAUUUGAGGGAGGACCAGUGGCUUCUGUGUGGCUGGCACUGGAUGACGUGGACACAGAGAAUGGAGUCCUGCAAAUCAUUCCAGGAACUCACAAACAGGGGGUUCUAGAGCACAGGACUGCAGACAUCCCGGGGAACAUGCUGACAUCAAACCAGGAGAUCCCAAAGCACCUGGUCAAUGUAGAAGAUUUAGUUGAGUGUCCACUCAAAGCUGGACAAAUGUCUGUACAUGAUGGACUGACCGUCCAUGCCAGUGAACCUAACAUGUCCAACAGGAGAAGAUGUGGAUUUGUCAUCCGCUACGUUCCCACCGAAGCUUAUCCUGUUGAGGAUCCAGAACGUCCCCGAACUUUUCCUGCAACUGUACUGGUGGCCGGAACCGAUCAAUAUAACAAUUUCCAAAACCACGCCCCUCAUUUCUUCACCAAGGCAUUUUAAUCUUUUUUUUUUUUUCAUAUUAGCCAGAUUAUUCCUAUGUCACCUUUUUUUUAAAUCCUCUUUCCACGAUAAGAAUGCUUCUAUACGUUUCUGAUCUUUUUAUUAAUUGCCAGUCGGAGAAACACAAUCAUCUUAGCAUGUUAUUACAAUAGAACAUAGUAUACUUCUUUGUAGAUGUUCAGCUGGAUUAUUUCUUAUUUGAGCAUGAAACUAGAUAAUUGGUUGAUUGGUGUACACAAAUAAAAUAUAGCAAUAUAUUAAUAGAUAGCUGUUCAAUACUGCUUUAAGGGGGUAAUUAAGAUCUGAUCGCUGGGCUGCGUUUUUUGCUGCUCUGUGAUCAGAUAGUCGCCGCCUACAAGGGGAGGGGAAAGGUGCUGUGCAAGUGUGCAAUUGCUUCUUUAUCAGGGCUGCACAAGACUCAGUUUGUGCAGUCUCUGCGCAGCCCAGGAUUUACUUAUUCUGUGCAAUGGAAUCCUGCUGAUCGUGGCCGGAUCUGACGUCAGACACACUCCCUCAAAACGCCUGAUCCGGACACUCCUGGAAAAUGGUCAGUUGCCACCCACAAACAGCCUCUUCCUGUCAAUCUCCUUGCAAAUGCCCGUGCAUUCGGAUUUUUCACACCAUCCCA